CUUUUCACUGUCUCGCCACUGUGUGUUCCGUGGUACGGCCUCAGUCAGGCACUGAACUUUGACUAACAACCUCUGAGCAGACAGAUUAUGCAGCAACAUGUCCAUCCCCGAGCCCAACCAUCUCCCCGGUCGGCGAGACACCGACCCCGCCAGCGAUGACGACCCCCUCGGCGCCCGGUCGACCAACAACGAUGAACGUCCCCUGACCCGCGAUCAGCCCGCCGGUGGCAAUGGCACCCAGUGGGGUGUCCUCUUUAAAGCCAUCCGCGACGGCACUUCGCAGCUGGCCGAAAAACUCGGUCGCGAUCCCGACGGCGGUGAUGGACUGGAUUCUGCCUGGCAUCCAGAGGAUUACGGUUACCAGGAGGACAUUGAAAUGCGGGACAUGAUGGACAAGGAGGAAGACGAGGCGUAUGCGGCCAAGUUGCAGAAUGUGUUGGGCUCCGAUGCUGGUCUGCUCGUCAACAACCUGGGGUUGGGCGAGACGCCGUCACGCACCAACAGCAACGAUGAGAAUCUGAUCGGAGGAGUGCUGUGGCAUUUGCUGAGCCAUCAGAUGGGACAUAAUCCGGAGGAAAUCCACGACGAUGGGGCGGUGCCGGUAUCGACGGAAGACGGCCUGGCGCCGUUACCGAGCGAGCUGCGGAAACGUCGGAAGAAGAAGUGGUAUGAUGAAGAUCCAACGAAUGACAAGAAGGGUCGGAAGAAGAUGAAGGAGGCCUUGUUGACACAUAAGAUCGGGUCGCUGCUUACCCGCCAACGCUACAUGAUCCAGCUGUGUCGCGCCUUGAUGAAGUUUGGCGCCCCGACGCAUCGUCUGGAAGAAUACAUGCAGAUGACGGCCAACGUGCUGCGGGUGCAGGGGCAGUUCAUGUACAUUCCAGGCUGCAUGAUUAUCUCAUUUGACGACCCGCUCACCCGGACUGCUACGGUCAAGCUGGUCCGGACCGUGCAUGGACUGGAUCUGGGACGAUUGGGGGAUAUUCACAACUGUUACAAGAAUGUGUUGCACGGACGAUUGUCGGCGGAGGAGGCUCUGCCAGUCAUGGACGAUUUGAUCACGCGACCGAGCAAGUAUCACAAGGCCUGGAUGCUGGUGCUACUCUCCGGACUGGCUAGUGUGGCCGUCGGCCCGUGGGCGUUUUCGGCCCGUCCGGUGGACAUGCCGAUUAUCUUCGUGCUCGGAUGUAUUCUCGGGGUGAUGCAGCAUGUGGUUGCGCCGCGGUCGGCACUGUACUCGAAUGUGUUUGAAGUGACGGUGGCGAUGGUCACGUCGUUUCUGGCCCGCGCGUUCGGGAGUAUCUAUUAUUCCAACGGACAGCCAGUGUUUUGUUUCUCAGCUCUGGCAGAAUCCUCCAUCGCGCUGAUCCUCCCGGGAUACUCAGUCCUGUGCAGCAGUCUGGAGCUGCAAUCGCAUCAGAUCGUGGCGGGAUCCAUCCGACUGGUGUAUACCAUCAUCUACUCGUUAUUCUUGGGCUACGGCGUGACGGUGGGGCUUACCAUCUACGGACUGCUUGAUGAUAAUGCGACGAAUGCGACGACCUGUCCGGCACGGACGGACAACAUCUACGGCAGUGUGUAUGUGCAGGAAUUUGUGUUUGUGGCGAUUUACUGCGCGUUUGCGGCCAUUCUCAACCAAGCCAAAUGGAAGCAGCUGCCGAUCAUGUCCUUCAUGGGCGUGGCAGGCUACACGACAAACUAUUUUACGGCGAAUCAUUUGGACAGUCGAUUUGGCAGCACCAUCGGGGCGUUUACCAUUGGACUGUGUGCGAACCUGUACAGUCGAGUGUGGCAUGGACAUGCUGCAGCCGCUAUUGUGCCAGGCAUGUGGACGCUAGUAUCGUCGGGUCUGGCGAGCAGCGGAUCGAUCAUCUCAGGACUGGCGUAUGCGAAUGCGGUCAAGAAUGAUACGGUAUCGGACCAGACCACCGCCUCCACCGAGGAGUCUUUGGGAGGAUUGGCGUUGAGUAUGGUGCAGACGGCGCUGGGGAUUACCGUGGGACUGUUCCUGUCGGCCAUGGUGGUUUAUCCGAGUGGAAAGCGACGGGGAGGAUUAUUCAAUCUGUAGCUGGCUGUGAUA